AUGGCAGUUUGCACUACCACCACCACUACCAGCAACCUAACGUCCGAUUCUGGUGGUGCUCCGGAAAACUUUCACAUAACCUACUCGCACGACGGUGACGCGGAUGACGAAGCGGUCGACGCCGUACACGAUGGUGACCUACUGUCCGCGUCCAGCUUCCAGAUCGGUGGGAUCGUUGGCGACAGUACCCAGCGCUGCCCAUUGUGUGGUGCCCACCGUCGUCAGUUUCACUGUAAAUCAUGCAUCCGCCACGGGGACUUUUUGCACACCGCAAGCGACAUUUACUGUCACCUUCCGGAACGGUUCGGCGAGAAGCAGCAGCGCUUAAGAAACCUGCGAACCGCAAAUGCAACGCUCGAAAGUAAGGGGAUGGUAAUGCUGGAAAAGCUACACCAGGCGGGCCGUUUGGCGGGUGAGAUUAAGCAGCGAUCGGACAAAGCGAACAUUAUUCGGAAAACGAUCGAGCUGAAGCGUAUUGCGAUUGAGGAGUUGCGAUUGAAACAGCGUCAUCUCGGUGACGCCAUCCGCAAGCUUCGCAUCACGUUGCCACGGUACGAUGAUAAGGUGAAGACGCUGAGCGAGUUUGUGGUCGGGAAGAUGGAGGAGAGUGAACAUCGGAAGGCGAAGCUGACGGCAGUGCAGGAACGUUUGCGUCAGUUAAAGCGCGAUCAGGUACAGCAACUCGUACGGAUCAUCUUCCCAAUCACGCAAACGAUCAUCAGCCGGUCCAGUCUGGCAGGGAGUAGCAGUACUGCUAGCAGUGGAAGUUCCGCCUGUGGGCCUGGUGGGCUAAACAACACACGCAGCACAAUCCACGAAAUAUCGGACGCAACCCGAACGGCGUACGUUCGUGGACAGUGGGUGUUGCAGGAUAGCUUUGGAGAGGUUCAGCAUGUCAUAAUUGCACCGGCCCUACCCGGCACCGGGAACUAUUCGGCCUACAACGAUUGGGCAACGGGUGAUGGUGGUGGUGGUGGUGGUGCUGUGAUAAAUGCCCCACCAACGGCAACAACGUCCACGAUGGAAGUAUCCUCAUCACCUGGAGCAGCAGUCGGUGGUAGGGUCGGAAGCCAUAAUCCGGCACACACCAUUGCAGCGGCCUUAACAUACACUGCGCAGCUAGUGGCACUGCUCGGCUACUAUCUGGACGUACGGUUACCGUACCGUGUGUCGUACGCGGACUUCUGUACGACCACGCUAUCUGAGGCGCAAUUCGCUCGGAAAGUGGCACGACUUAAUGCGGACAUUGUGUUCCUGUGUCACAGUCAGGGCUGUCGGCUAAAUGAUAUGAAUCCGACACAUACGCUCGAGAAUCUACUCGCACUGCUAAAAUCACCCGAUCUGGGACAUUGUGGAGCGACCGAUCGAAACAGCUGCCUGUCCGACUCGAUGGAACAGCUGCUAAUGCAGCACAUUGGCGAGGAUUCCGAUUCGGAAGAUGAAACUACACUUCACCAGGAAUGGGAAGCCGUACCGAGCAAUCUUUCCCCGGUGACGGUUGAACCAGCGUACCAACCGAUGGCACUGGCCCUUGACCAAAGGCGUACAACGCUCGGCCACACGGGAAUGCACUACCAUCAUCUGCAGCAGCCGACAGGGGCUGCCGCAACGAGCCUCAUGACCAGUGCCUUCGCUUCGGUCAGCUCGUUCUGGAAAGGUUGGACGGGGAAGUAAAAGAAUCUACAAAACUCAUCAUACAGACAGAGACCGA